UCUAGAAGGAAUCGAACAUACGUGGAAAUUUCGGAACAAGGAAGUCAAAGGCACGCGGGGCCUGGGGGGGACUCGAACCCCAGUCGUGCUGAAUUUAUUACCAGUUUUCUACAUGGUAGACUCUGGAAUUUGCCCUCACAAGUAUAUAAUUAGGCCAGAGAUUUGGAUUGAUUUACUAGAUUCAAGCUCUGGAAAUGGAAAACCGACCUGAUUGUUGUCUCAUAUAGACUGGAUUCGAGAAGUCGAGUUUUUUCAGCUAUGGAGAGCAGACGAAUUGCAUUGGAAAAUCUCAUUGCAGAUGGGGUUCUGUUUGUCAGGCGUUUGGAAGAAAAUAACACUGGUAAUGGCUUCGAUGGACCGUACAACUUCAACACGAGGUUUAACCCUUCCAUGGCGAUCAUAAUCGUGGUGCUGCUCAGCGCCUUCUUUUUCAUGGGUUUUUUCUCGAUCUACAUCCGUCGUUGCUCAGGGGAGAGCGGAAGCGGGGGUUCCAGAAGGCCGGGCGGUCUGCGGCUUGGCGGAGGGGGAAAUAAUGCCGAGGGUUUACAGAGGGAGGCGACUCGUGGCCUGGACAAGGCCAUUAUUGAGAGCUUUCCGGUCUUUAGCUUUAAACUGGUUAAGGGUUUAAAGGCUCAGGCUAAAGGCUCCGAGUGCGCCGUCUGUCUGAAUGAUUUCGAAGAUGAUGAAAUGCUCCGUCUGCUUCCGAAAUGCAGCCAUGCGUUUCAUCCCGAGUGCAUCGACAUGUGGCUCUGCUCGCACACCACUUGUCCCGUCUGCAGGGUGGAUCUUCUCCCAGCCGAGGAGGGUUCCGAUCCGUCUGGAACAGAGUCUGGGGUCGUUGCUCCGCAGGGAGAGCCUGAGCCCGAAGUCGUGAUCGUUGUUGACAAUGGAAAUGAUGAAUCGGUGCCUGUGGCGAGGGCAAUUGAGGCGGGUGAAAGCUCUGCGACUGAGGAGCCGAGCGCCAUGGAAAAGGUGCGAAGAUCGCAUUCGACAGGGCAUUCUCUGGUGCGGGUGCGCAAGGAGCUCGAGCAACCGACGGAGUGGUACAUCGCCACGCCUCGCGGAUUAACCCCUGGUUUGUAUCGGAGCUGCAGUUUUGUGGCCAUGCACCAUUCGCGCUCGCAGGGGGCAUCUUCGAGCUCCAAAGUGGAUGCCGCUGCUUGCCUUAAGGCAGGUGGCGCUUCAGGGCGUGAUGCAGGGUCUAGCAUGCAGGAGCCGCGGACGAGGUCUGAGCGUUGGGGCGGAAUUUCUAGUAUGAAUCCGGCGGCGAUUUUGAGGUCGUUUUCUGAGCGUCCGGCUUCUCGGCUUUCUCGGCCGCCUGUUGUUCCUCAGCAGGAUCGUAGGGCUUAUUUGAAGAAAACUUUCAAUUGGCUUACUGGAAAAGACAGAGAUCGCGGUGAUGGAUCUGUCUCGGUUUCUUCCCGCCGUGGAGAUCACAGCGGCUCUGUUGGUGGAAAUGUCUAAAGGAAUGAAGGGGUUUUGAAUCCCCAGGGGUUUGUGAAACAAAAUUUGAUCAGCUCUGUUGGUGAUUAUGCCUAAAGGAAGGGCUUUUGAAUCCCCGGGGGUUUUUGAAAGAAAAUUUGUUUAGGGAAAGUUGCAAUUUAUCAGUGUUGUUCUUUGCGAUGUUGGUGAUUAUGCCUGAAGAAAGGAAUUUCGAAUACCCGGGGGUUUGUGAAAGAAAAUUUGUCAAGGGAGUUUGUGAAAGAAAAUUUGUUUAGGGAAAGUUGCAAUUUAUAAGUGUUCUUCUCUGCGAUAAGCGAUUUAGAAAGCAGGAAGAAUUUGCAGCCCAAAUUGCUGUGGAUUCAUGCCUGCGUAUGCUUUUGUUUUGUAUUGGCAAGUUUGCAGAAGUUGUACAAUCUGUACAGGCAAUAAUUUGUAUAACAGAUAUUGUCAAGAAAUUUAUGGCUUUUUUUUUUUGUUUUA